CCGAAGGCACACAUAGGUCCUUUUGUGCCGGGUCGCUUGUUGGAGUGGUGUGAACCGCUUUACAGGGCACUAUAUUAUUGGUUUGUUUUUAUAAAAAUGUACUACAAAUUCAGCGGAUUUACCCAGAGACUGACAGGAUCGGCACCCUCGACGGCUUAUGUCCCCCAGGGGUUGAGACCAGGGAUCCCAGCAGAGUCACCUGCCAUGGUUUUUGCCACCCCCACGAAAGUGGUGUCCGAGGUGGGCACAACUGUGGAGUACCUGGGAGCCAACAAAGUACCUGAUCUCCAAAGAAUCUUCCAGGGGAAUGUCAUGCCUGUGCAUUUGAAAAUGGGUGUACCAGACAAGCUGCUGUACCGAACCACCAUGGCCCUCACUAUUGGAGGAACCUUGUACUGCCUGCUGGCGCUGUACAUCGCGGCACAGCCACGCAAGUGAACACAGCCUCUACCUCCGUCUCCUCACCAAAGGAUCACAAUCACUGCAACGAUGAGCGUAAUGAUGAAAAUAAUGGCUUUUGAGUGAAGGCCUCAUUGUGGCAUCUCGGACUUCACUCUAAGGGUUAAUUCUGUGUUGUAUUUAUUACCCCUCUCAGGACAUUAUCAUUCCCCAUCUCUAUCUGUAUUUGACCAGCAAAAAUUCCUGCAGUCUAAACUUUAUUUUUGUGCCUGUUUACUUAUGUUUGUGUGCCCAUACAUGUGCAGCCCCAUGUGUAAAUUGGCAGGAAAGUCUCUUGCUUGACAGAUCACAAUAAAUCGUGGACUGCUAAA